AUGAAGUCACCCGAUCGUGGAUGGCUGCUGGUCGCACCACGCAAGUGCUCCUUCUGGUCGAAGCAGGACGGCGAUGGGUGGACAGCGGUGGUAUUGUGCGAUCCUGCUCCCAAAACAGUCUUGCUGAACAAAACCAUGGUCGAUCUGGAGAUGACGGUCUUCGAGGGCGGCUACCACGGUUUCAUCCCCGACGAUAUCCUUGGACUGAGGAAGUCUGAAGAGCGACGGCAUAAGUCCUUUAUGGACGACCUAGGCUACUAUUUCAAGAACCACGUCGACGUCCUCGGAGACCUAGGAGACCCUGCUUCAGCAGCGAUAUUUCCACGGAAGCUGGUAGCCAGUCAUUACUGCCAGCUCCUCGGAUUUGUCAGCCACCAGACAGCCUCUAUGCGCUCGUCCGGAUGGGCCGCCCAGCGCAGGACACAGGAGGAGAUCGACGAGAGCAACCAGGUCGAGACGGCAUGGAGCCAGUUCAAAUGCCCGGAGUACCUCGAGGCGCUCGGGGCCGUGCUGGACUCUCUUGGCAUCCCCCAGGGUCAUGAGCCGUAUGACAAUUUUGACGCCUCAUCAACAGUCGAAGCGGUCUCGACAAACAGAGCCCAGGAGCCUCCGAUGGGCGAUGGCGACUGGCUCUCAUCUGUUCCAGACUUCCUUUACCUCCACCGCGAGUUCCGCGCCCACCUGGCCGACUAUGCCCGCAUGACCUCGUCGCUGGCAGCCCUGAACGGCAUGAUCGGCGGCCGUAUAGCUAUUCUCGAAGCUCGGACGGCUAAAUCGUUGACUGUCGUAGCCAUGGUGUUUGCCCCGCCCGCAUGCGUGGCUUCGAUAUUCAGCAUUCCAUUCGAUGUGUUCGGCUUGGAGGGCCCACGGUUCUGGUGGUACUGGGUAGCUGCUAUCCCCUUGACUAUAAUUGUGUUUCUUUUGACGUACUUGGUGCAUGAAAGGGACGAAUUCAUCAGGCUGUGGCAAACUCAGAAGGAUAUGGUUGAUACCCAGAAGACUGGCCCCAAGAGCGUGGAACAAGAGCAUAAGAUGAAGGACUCUGUUUCUCUAGCUUGA